AUGUCCAGGCUUCAAAGUAGCUACAGUGCCACUACAAUAACAGUUGAUGAUUUCGUGUAUUCAGCCUUAAGUGUGUCUGGAAACACCUCAACCAUCUUCAAUGCCACCAUCAACACAACAUUUUUUGACAAGUUCCCAUGCUUGAAUGGCCUUGGCGUCUCCAUGGCACGAGCAGACAUAGCCCUUGGCGAUGUGAUUCCAAUGCACACUCACCCCAACGCUUCAAAGAUGAUUCUUAUAGCCAAUGGCUCUGUCACUGCUGGUUUAAUUUCUUCGGAUACUACCGUCUACUUGAAGACACUCAAAGAGGGGGAUAUCAUGGUUUUCCCUCAAGGGUUGUUGCAUUUCCAGGUGAAUACUGGUUGGACACAGGCACUUCUUUGGGUUAGCUUCGGUAGCUCGAGCCCUGGCCUCCAAAUCCUCAGCAAUGCGCUGUUUAGCAAUAACUUGCCUUCUGAAUUGAUAGAGAAGACCACUUUUCUUUAUGAUGAUGAAGUGAAAAGACUCAAGGCUCUUCUUGGUGGUUCUAGAGAUCCUUUGAUAGGCAAGAAAGAUCUUUCACAUGCUCCUGGGAUUGUCGUACCACAAGAUUCACAUUUGCCAAAUUCCAAUGGUACACCUAGAAAUGGAAUUGAUAUUGGUGGGUACGAUAUGGGUAAUAAGCCGAAGAUAGAAGACAUGGAGAUGAAUUUGAUGAGCAUGGAGGAUGGGAAAAUGGGUAUGGUGACGGAUUUGGUGGGUAUAAAGAUCAGAAAGAUGGUGAGAUGA